AUGCCAGCUCCUGAUUCCCCUGCGCACCUCCAUGCCCUUCUACAAUUCGGAGGAGGAACGGCAGCACGGCCUACAGCAGCUGCAGCAGCGCCAGGUCUGGGCCGGAUCGUCCAAGCUGAAGAAUAUCUAUCCCAAGCCAAGUGGACAGUCCUCAAAUCGACUGAAUGUAGUUAUGCCACCCACUCUUUGCUGCAUCGGAACCUGGGACUUCUCUACAUGGCUAAGGAGAACUAUGAGGAAGCCCGCUAUCAUCUGGCCAAUGAUAUUUAUUUUGCCAGUUGUGCGUUUGGAACAGAGCACAUCAGGACCUCAGGAGGCUACUUCCACCUGGCUAAUAUCUUCUAUGGCCUUAAAAAGUUGGACCUGGCAGACACAUUGUACACCAAGGUCUCUGAGAUCUGGAAUAAUUAUUUAAAUGAUCACUACCAAGUGCUCUCCCAGGCUCACAUCCAACAAAUCGAUCUACUGGGCAAACGAUUUGAGACUGACACAGGCUUGGAUGAAGCCCAGGAAGCAGAAGCCAUUCAGAUCCUGACUUCAAUCUUGAACAUUCGAGAAUCUACACCUGACAAAGCCCCGCAAAAAACAGUCUUUGUUCUAAAAAUCCUGGUCAUGCUUUACCACCAGAUGAUGAAUUCUUCCAAGGCCCAGGAAUAUGCCACGAGAGCCUUCAAUCUAGCCAAAGAACAGCAGCUCAGUGUCCAGGAACAAAACGCCGUUCAAGACUUACUGAACCUCAUCUCAGCCGAGGAAGCUCAUCCCGUUACUUAGUGGUCCAUGCGCUCUGCAUCAGGGGCUAUUCUAGGGACAACUGAACAUCUAAUACGUUCCAGCCUGGCACAGCUGCUUAGAGGGGCUAUAAAUUGAGAUGCCCCACUUCCCCUGGGACUGCACGCAUCACUGUGUUUUCAUUGCUCCACAGUGUCUGUUGGAGGAUGUAGAGCUUGAGGCAUAGCCAUCAGUAAAACUCUUGUUUAUUAUGACUUCAUACAACUUUUGAGUAAUGUGCUGUCAGUUCACUAACAAGAUAUUUGUAAUUAAACUGCAAAUAGUUUAUCCUGUUUCUCAGAGGUCUCUGGUGAUGUGUGCUUCAUAGAUCUUUGCCAAAGAAAGAGGGAGGGAAUAGAGCUGUAUCAGAGCAAAGUUCCUCUAUUUUACUGUAAUUAAGUUAGCAUUAAUCUGAGAUAUAUUGUGCUUAAAAUGCCCAUUAUAAUUCCUAGAGCGAUCACUAAAAAAAUUACUCUAAAAAACAGUUAAAAUCAACCAAGACAUUAAAAUGUUGCACUAGAAAAAAAUCCACUUAAUGGAAAAGGCAAUAAAAGAGAAACAGAGGGACAAAAAAAGGACAUGAGACAUAGAGAAAAUAAAUAGCAAAACGCAGACAUAAAUUGUGGAUCUUGGCCAGAAAAGGCCCCUGGGCCUUUCAAGGAGCUUCAGUAUGGAUUGGCAGAGGCACCGUUCCAGGUUGGUGUCUUUCUUUUCUCAGAUAAUUAUUCAAAGCAGAUGUGAGCCAUCUCUCCCGUCUGGGGGAGAAAUACUCUAAAGGUCCCCUGUGAUGUACAGGACAGAGUGCAGGCACUAGAGCAGACAUGCCCAGGUUCAAAUCCCAGCUUUGGGACCUUGAUUCACCACCGGCCCCCACCUCCCCACCAAACACAAACUCAACCCAACCUCAUUGUAAUGUUCUAAAAUGGCCCAGAUGUGGCUGUGGACGUCUCAGCUUGUCCCGUCGAUGACUCUGGUCAUUUAGCACAUCCUUUUCUCCUCCAGACUUGCCAGGCAGCCUGCCCGUUAGCGCUUCGCUUCCUGGGUAGAUCUGCACCAGGGAGAGGAUAUGCAAAUCAGAACCAGUCAGAGAGUUUUACGUUCCUGUCUUAAAUUAACUCACUCACACAUAUAAUAAAAGUAAGUCAGCUGGCCACCCUGCCAGCUCUUUCAAAUAGAUGUUUAACGAAGAUUGGAGGAGGGAGGAGAAGGAUCAACAGCUCUUCAGCAGAUAAUUUAAAAAAAUUAGAACAUCUCUAUUCUAAAAAAGUCCUUCCAGGUCCAUUUCAUUAAAUUCUAGUUCCCUCCUUUACCAUAGUCAAUGGCCCCUUUCUCUUUUUUCCCCCCUCCCUUAUCUGUUUUCUGUUCUUGCCACCUGUGAAUUCUUGUUUAUGAAUCCUUGCCCACUGAGUAUAUUUAUGAAAUUAUUGCUUAAUUAAAUUGUUUAAAUU